CAGUGCGCGGCCGGGACUGGCGGAGUCCUGCGCUGCAGCAUCACCUCCGGCAGCGUGGCGCUGGGCUGGCGGCGCAGCUCCGCGGCCAUGGGCGUGCGGGGCCUGAUGCGCUUCGUGGAGGACCGCGGGUCGCUGUUCACCGAGCUGCGCCUGGGGAACACCAAGCUGGUUAUUGACGGGAGCAGCCUGUACUACUGCCUCUGCUUCGCCUCUGCCUCCGACCUGCGCCGCGGCGGCGACUACGGCCUCCUCGCGGCCAUCGUGAGCGACUUCUUCGGCAGCCUGCGGCGCUGCCGCAUCGCACCCUUCGUGGUACUGGACGGCGGGCGCGACCCCGGCGACAGGAAGCUGCCGGUGCUGCGGGAGCGCGCUGCCGAGCGGCUGCGGACGGCCUGCGGGCUCUCCCGGGGCGGCGCCGGCGCGCUGGCGCCGCUGCUGGCCCGCGAGGUUUUCGUGCAGGCGCUGCGGCGGCUCGCCGUGCCCUUCGUGCAGUGCUUCGCCGAGGCCGACCGGGAGAUCGCCGGGCUGGCCAACCGCUGGGGCUGCCCUGUCCUCUCCCUCGACAGCGACUUCUGCAUCUUCGACCUGACGGGCGGCUUCUGCCCGCUGAGCCACUUCCAGUGGCAGAGCGUCUGCGCCGCCGAGGAGCCGCGGGGCUACUACGUGCCCGCCCGGCGCUUCUCCGUGGAGAGGUUCUGCAGGGCCUUCGCCCCGCUCGACAAGAGCCUGCUCCCGCUCUUCGCCGUCAUGAGCGGCAACGACUACGUGGGCCUAGCCGCCCUGGAGGUGUUCUACAGCAAGGCGCGGCUGCCGCGGGGCUGCGCCCGCCUGCGGGGGCUCCUCAGCUGGCUCUCGCAGUUCGCCGAGCCCGCCGAGGCCGUCAGCAGCCUGCUGCAGUACCUGAAGGCACAGCAGAGAGAAGAAGUACGGCAGCUGCUGUGCACGUCGAUGAAGGACUACACUCCCUCGGAGGUGAACCUGGAGGACUUCUUUGAGCACGGCAGGUAUGAGUGCGAGGCUGCCGGGAGCGUGGGCAUUCCGCAGUGGGUGCUGAGUGCUCUGGUGAGGGGGGAGCUGGACCCGCUCAUCAGCAAUGUCUUGCUGUUGAGAUCUACCUUCCUCCGUGUUCAAGUGGAGAACAUGCAGCGGCCGAGCGCGCACAGCACAGCCCUGCCCAUCCGGCAGGUCAUCUACGGACUGCUGCUGGGAGCGCCCCGAGGCAGCCGGGCUGCCCCUCCCGGGAGGCAGAGUAACGAGGUGCCAGUGGUCUGCGAAUUUGGCAGGCUCCAAAAGACAAUGCAGAAAACGUACGUUCAAGCAGCAAGCUUACCCACAGAGCUUUGUGGUGAUCCUUGUCCUCUGGACAAGCUAACGGAGGUGCCUGUGUCCUGCCGUCGGGCGCUCCUGCUGGAGACUUUAGGGGUGCAAGUGAGUUCCCUAGCAGCUGUCCCCAGGCACCUACAGCUCCCUGCUGCUGUGACCUGUCACUGGCUGCGCUGUUCACAACCACCAGUUAAGCUGCACCAGUUAAAGGCUUUGCUUCUCAUGAUAGUUUCUGGAGAACUGCAGAGGACAACAAAUGACCCAGUCUCUCCUGCUGAAGAGGACAGUGUUGCUUACAACCAGUUUCUGAAAUGGAAGGAAAAGAAGCUGCCAAGUGAAGAGUUUGAUCUGGAUACUGCUCACAGUUUUUGCCAGUGGCAGUGCUGUCUCCAGAUGGGCCUCUACCUCAACCAGCUCCUCUCUGCUCCUCUGGCUGAGCCAGACCUGAGUCGGCUUUACAACGGGAGCCUUGCCCACAGGCUGUGCCAAGAGCUGAAAUCAGCCCCUGCAGUGGAAAACCUCUUCAGUCCCUCUCCGAGCAUGACUGGGCUGUACCAGCUGCUGUUACAGACACUGGAGUCAGCUGUGGCUGCAGAGUGCUUUCAGAAGACAGCCAAGCCCACAUCUGGGUCCUGCAAGAAGAAAGCAUCUGGGAAGAGAAAGAAGCCUCCCAGAGUGGCUGUACCAGGAGGGCAGCAGCUGGGCACUGGGAACAGGUUUGCCUCCCUGCAACUGGAGGACUGAAAGUGUUGUACCAGGCCAGUGCAGAUGGGACUGGAAUCUGCUCAGCUCUUGGGACACAACUUCCUGCCUCCAUCUUUAGCAACAGUUCUUGCUUCAGGGAAUUUUUACUUGGCUUUUGUGACCAACACUUCCCCGAGAGCUGCUGGCUGCAGUGUUGUGCUUUAUCUUUAAAGGCACCUAACUGAAAAUGAGAACCAAGGUGGUCAGAUGGGUGGGUGAACGUGCCCAGAUGGCUCCCCCUUCAGCUCCCUCAGCGAGCCUUUGAGGUGGCUGCAGAUCAGGUCCAAGUGGAACUUGCCAAGUGUAAGACUGCAGCAGAACCACUGUCCUUGCUUGCUGACCAGGACCUUGUGCUUGGAGCCUUACGGGCACUGAGCUGUGCUGGGAGGGAGCUGCAGCUCCUGUCGCUGCCCCCUUGCUGUGAUCAGGCUAAAGGCAGGCACGGAGCCACCUUUCACAGCUUUGCUGAGCCAGACCAAUUGUGCCCAUCUCUCUCUCUGCUGAAGGGACAGACUCUUGCACCCCAAGUUCGUGUGGAGGACUGCUUCUGUCUGAAUGCUGCCUCCACUCUGGGCCACAAAGCCACUAUCACCCCGUGCACAGGAAGGGGAGGCUGCCUGCUUCCAAGGGGAUGUUCAGCUCCACCCAGCCACAGGACUGGUGGCUGCCUGGUGUUUGACUGGGGAGUGAUUUCUGGGAAACCAAGCCUGGCAGGGGGGCUGGACCCCUGGAGCAACCACUGGAGCCCCCCCAGCCAUGGUGCUGAGCAGGCACAGCAGCACAGCAUGGUGCUUGUGGCUAAACAGAAUCACUCUCAGCACAUGCUGAGGGGCUCCCAGAAGAACAUGCAGAUGUAAUGUGCCUGAGACAGCAACCCUGUGCUGGGCUGCAGCAAGAGCAGUGUGGGCAGCAGGGCAAGGGAGGGGAUUCUGCCUCUUUGUUCUGCUCUCCUCAGACCCCACCUGCAGUCCUGGGUGCAGUUCUGGAGCCCCCAGCACAAGGACAUGGAAGUGUUGGAGGCAGUCCAGCAGAGGCCACGAGGAUGCUGAGGGCUGCAGCAGCUCUGCUCUGAGGACAGGCUGAGAGAGUUGGGGCUGUGCAGCUUGGAGAAGGCUUCCAGGAGACCUUGGAGUGGCCUUGCAGGAUCUGAAGGGGGCUGCAGGAGGACUGGGGAAGGACUAUUGACAAGGUCUUGUAAUGACAGGAGAAGCAGGAAUGGGUUUAAAGUGGCAGAGGGCAGAUUGCAAAGAACUCCUUCCUAACAGGCAGUUCCAGUGAGGGUGGUGAGACACUGGCACAGGUUUCCACCCUUGGCCAUUGAAGAUUUGCCUGUGACUCACUAGAAUUCAAACCCAGAUCCUGCAUCACCUUGCAUUUUCAGUCCUGGUGAGCCCCCUAACUGCUGUCCAAGAGGAGUUCACUCACUUGGGUCCUGUAAGACUCUAUGAUCUUGCAGGGCAGUCUUGAUACUGUCACAGUCAUGUAGCACAUCCAUGGCACUCCUGAGAGCAGCCUUUAAGAGGCAGUCUGGGAGAGAAGCACUGAACAGAGAACUGCAGAUGGCAUCUAGGCUCUGACUGAACAGCAAAUGACCUUCACAACCUAUUUCUAAAGAGCAGAGCCUGGAGCCAGAUGACUUCAAAUAAAGUUGAAAGUUAAUGCU